CGCAUUAGAUAUGUCGUUGGUCGUCUUCUUCCCCAUACAUCAUUACUAUUGAACUUCCCUCAUCCCCAAAACACCAUCCAAUGAGUUUCUAAAUUAAAUACAGACAAAACCAUGACAGAAAGGGAUCGCCACGGAUGCACGCGCUGUCAAUGCGGAUCUCCUUGUUACUUUGGGAGCGGGAAGCUUGACGGACGGGGCGAAGUUUGUGGCACUUGCACUUGGGCAUCAGGUAUGGUUCUAGAUAAACUCGGUCCCCUUGGCGUCGGCCAUGGCGAAACAAGCUGCAUUCUCCUUCCGGCAGUAUGCAAAUAUAACGCUUCUAAGAACGCUAAUAAUGACUCACAACAGCGCGUCCUGGGCUUCCUGACCUCGGACCCCAUCGUAUCUGAGGUCCUGGAGACGCGUCAGGUUGAUGUGGCAAAUGCUGAUCUGGGUGAUGUGCUCGAUGCUAUUAUCCGCGAGUUGGGCUUGCCGAGAUCGUUGGCGGAUGUUGGAGUCGGUCGAGAUAAGCUGGAUCAGCUGGCGGUGAAUAGUCUUAAAGAUCGGUGUUGUGUGACGAAUCCGGUGCCAUUGAAGGAGAAAGAGCAGGUAUUCGAGAUUUUGGAGAUGGUUGUAGGGCCGCAGGCGUGAUCCAUUUUGCCUGUGUGCUCAUGAGUAGAUCGGGGGAAGAUGUGGUCUAUAUUGACUCCUGAAAUGUGACAACUUGACUUGUAUAGUGGAUAGAACGAGAUUUAACUAUUUGCGGUAUAAGCUCAUGGAUGUAAUAACUAGAAGAAUAUAUA